AUGAUUGCAUGCAACGCAUUCGUGUCGUCACUGGCACUGCAGACACCGAGCUUCCCCAAAACAGCUCCUGCCCGAGCUGGCACCCAUGACAUGGCGGCCUCCCACUUGCCCCACCAGGCCGGUCCUACCGGGGGCCCCUGCAGCCGCCGAGGCGGCAGGGUGCGCGGGCAGACUCCGGCUGCCCGCCCGGGGGACACCGCAAGGCAGGGCCGCAGUUUCGGGCUGACCACCCCUUCCUCGGGACGGGCGGUGCCCGCAGCCGCCGCCGCUCGCCCCGCCCCCUCUGCCCGCUUCUCCCGUUCCGAUUGGUGGGUUCGGAAGCGCCGCUCUUUUCCCUCCAAUCAGCGCGCCGCGUCCGUUGCUAAGCGAUCGUUGCCAGGCCGCGCGGGCCGCCCGGCGGCGGCGGCGGCCAUGGCGGGCGGGUGGCGGGACGUGGCCGGGGUGCGCGUCGCCCCGGCCCAGCUCUGCUUCAGGGACGCGGUGCCGGGGGGACACUACCGCGCCGCGCUCAGCAUCCAGAACCAGCGGCUGAAGAGCUGUCGUCUCCAGCUGCUGCCGCCGCGCCUACCUCAGUUUAAAUUGGUUGUGGAAAAUCCAGAAAAACCUGUUGCAUCUGGACUUCAAUUUACAGCUUUUGUGGAGUAUUAUCCUGAAAGUGAAGAAGAUCUUAAAGACAGACUACUUCUUUUAGUAGAAGAUGACAUAUUUCAUAUCCCCGUGCUUGUUCUUUGCAGAUUAGUUCCAUGCUGUUACCUGGAAAUUGACUCAGAAAUUAAUUUUGAUGCAGUGAUUGCAAACAGUAAAAUAAUUAGUAAAGAGAUUAGUAUUGCUAACCAUGGAUCAUCUCCAGGUACAUUUAAAAUAUCAUAUGAUGGGGAUGUCCUGUUUAACAUUGAACCUACCAGUGGAGUGGUAGAGCCAAAGUCUAGAAAGACCAUUAAAGUGGAUAUCUGCACAGAUGUACCCAGAGUCAUCAAAGAAGUGAUAAAAGUGGAGUUGGAAGGUCAUGGCUGCACUGAAGUAUGGAUCAAAGGUGUUGUGGUUAAACAAGUUCUCAAAGUUCUAGGAGUGUCUUCUGGAAAUACAGUGGAAUGCAUUAACUUUGGACCAGUUUACUUUGGGUCUUCAAAGACUGAACAAGUAUCUUUAUACAAUGAAAGUCCUGAGUGUAUGGAUUGGGUAGCAGUACUGGAAGACAAUGCCAUUGGAGGAGAGAUGGGAACAGAUCUUCAGAGGAGUGCAGAUGCUGUUUUACAAGACUUAAGCCUCAAAAAUAGAGCAGGAGAUGUAGAUGUUUGCACCUUGGUCUUGUGUAUUCCCAAUCAAGGAACCUUGCUACCUUAUGAGAAAUCUUUGGUUACAUUGUGCUUUUGUCCAAAAAAAUUUGAAACGGACUUCGAAGUGAAUGACUCAUCACUGAAGCAAGAUUAUGUACUGUUUCUGAGAUUUGAAACUGUUGGGUGUAAAGAUGGUUAUCUGCAGGCCCUCAGUGAUGGUGCUGCCACAGCAAGCAAAAUGAAUCAUCAUCACACAGAGUUAGCUUUGACAGGUUCUGGGCUUCCUGUCCAGUUAACUUUUAAUCCAGGACCAGUUAUUAAGUUUAUGGACUGUUUUGUGGGUGAACAAACACAAGUUCUAUGCACACUCAAAAAUGAAUCUGAGUUUCUUCCAGUAACAUUCAGCUUCCACAAGACUGCUCAUUUUAAUAUUUCUCCUGAAAAAGGAAAAAUAAAAAAAAAAUCUGCAAAGGAUGUGAUAUUUUCAUUUUCUCCACAUCAGAUAGGAAUAAUGAAAGUGAAGCAAGUUGUUGAUAUAAUGGAUACAGGAAUAGAGAAAAAUAAUUCACAGGUUCCAAAACUGAAAUCUUUUCACCAAGUGUAUUUGAGCUUUAUUGGUGUGUGCAAAUCUAAAAGAAAAAACAUUCUAUUCAAAAUUAAUCCGGGUAUAACACCAAUGAUUUCCAAUGCAACUGGACAGUUUGUAGCUGAUAGCACAGGACAGCUCUCUGAUAAAGCACCUGUGGCAUUACUUCAAUCAGCCCAAACACAAAUUCACACUCACCGGAUAAACAGGAAUUGUAAGGAUGAUGCACUUAUAGCUUUUCCUAAUGACCGUGCAGCCAGCAUUAGGCCUAGUGAAUGGAAUAAAAAGUACAGGACUAUUUUCACAAAGACUGGGAGAUAUAACUAUAUAGAUCCAGAGUUUUGUUAUACUGACUGUGAACGACUUUCUAAAGAAGCACAUAAGGAAUACUACACAGACUUCAUUUCUAGUUUAAGACAGCGCCGUUUACAGAAAGAUGCUGUUAGGCAGUUUUAUAUUCAUAAUAAUUCUGUGAGCAUAGGCCUUAAACCAGCUGAAGGGCUUAUGUCACCAAAGCUCUCAAUCACAGAUCUUGAAAAGGAGAAACUACAAUUAAAAAUGCUUCCUAGAGAUGAGAAUUGCCUACUAACAAGUGAAAAACUGUCACGAGCUGGUUCUAAAUCUUCAAUCAAAGGAAUUUGGAGUAGACUCAGUGCUAUGCCAUCUUCUACUCAAGAGAAGGAAGACUGUAGUCUAACUUUGACACCCAAACAGCUUCAUCAAAUACUAAUUGGUCCAUCUACUAUAGAUUUUGGUGAUGUUUGUGUGCGUUCUCCAACAGCCAGAAAACUGCACAUUAUCAAUAACUUGUUAGUUAAUAUAUGGAUACAAAUUGAGAUUGAAAUUGAUGAAUUGCAGCAGACAGGUCCAUUGUCUCAGGUGGUGCCUCCUCUUACAAAGACUGAUAUUCCAAUUGUAUUUGAGACAAACAGUCUUGGAAUGUUUAAAAGGUCUUUCAAUUACACAAUAAACAACCAACACGCUGGGCAUGUGCUGGUAGUUGCAAAAGCAGUAUCUGUUGAACUGGAGCUGUCUGCAAGGGAACUGAUCUUAAAUCCUAUUCCUGGCUACCUAGCAGAGACAGAAUUUAGAGCAACAGUCAGGGUGUACAAUCACAGAAAUGGUUCUGCUGAGUUUACCUGGAACCCUGUAAUUACAGAUGGACGAACUGCAUUUUCUAUACAGCCGGCCAGAGGCUUUGUGGAGGCCUACAGAGAUUUGGAGUGUGAAGUUGUUUGGCAUCCACGGUUCAGCUCUCCAAAGGCAGCAGAAUUCAACUUAUGUGUGCGUAAAGGAAACACAAUUAAGUUGAAAUGUUUUGCCAAGCUUGGUACUACAAAGGUUCAGUUUAUAAAACAAAGGAUAUCCUUCAGUCAUAGUCCACUGGGUUUAUCUACUUGUAAGUCAGCCCUUCUUCAGAACAUAGGACACAACCAUGCAUACUUCCAAGUUCUUGACUCAAACCCACUGCCUGGAAUGCUGAUCACCCCUUCGGAAGGGGUAGUACCUGUGGGAGGCCAUGCUGAUCUCAAAAUCUGUUUUACUCCAAAUGCAAAAAUGCGUUUUGAUACAAAAGUGGAGGUAGCAGUACGAAAUUCAGAAGUACUAGAGCUUAGGAUUGCUGGAUUUGUAGAGAUCCCUGAAAUAAACAUUGAUGUGGAACUACUUGACUUUGAUGGUGUUUAUGUUGGUUCUACAAAAUCAAUUCCCUUUUUGCUGCAUAACAAAGGACAAUCGUGCACCAAAGUAGAGUUUGAUUUUUCGAAGUAUAAGGAUUUUAAGUUGAAUGUUAAUGACCGUUCAGUGCUUGACUGGUGUUCUUCAAAGCCUUAUUUGUAUCCAGUUAACCUAAUGGGAAAGUCAGCUUUGCAAUGCUUCUUGUCCUUCGUGCCAAAAGAGGUGGCAGCAUAUGACUUCACUCUUCCACUUAGUACUCCUAGAACUGACUUCCCAUUGACAGAGCCAAACCCUCGACCUGCAACUUCUGCGAAACACGUCGUUGCUCCUCAGCUACAGGCGGUGACUGUGACUGUUCCAUUCUGUAGAGUUAAAGCAGUUGUACUUAACUCACCAUUGGAGUUCUCCUCAAUGGAACUUAAAUUUGCACAAUAUUCAAGUGGCGCACAUUUCAACGUUGCUGGUGAAAGUGUGAAUUCUCAGAAGCUUGACCUGAAGAAUAUCUCAAGGCACCAGUUGACAUGGAAAUUGAAUUGUGAUGAUGCAGAUAAAAAUAAAGAAGACAAUGUUUUUAAAUUUAGUCUGCAGACUGGAUUCCUUCAUCCGGGACAAAAAAUCAGUAUUGCUGUAUUCUUCUGUCCUUCUUGCCCAGGCACAUAUACAUCUGAAGUGUCAUUGUGUCUAAAUGAUAAUCCUUCACAUUAUAACAUAACAUUAUCUGGCACUGCGAAGUCACCAAAAAUGAAUUUUGAUCCCCCCUUUCUAAUGCUGAAACCAGUUCCUUUGGAUAUGAAAACAGAAGCAGUCAUCAAUAUAAUUCCAAAAGAUUACUUAAGGCAAUCAAGAAUUCAUGUUGAACUUCCGAAGCUGGAACUUGAAGAUGGUGACAGGAUUUACCCUUUUUCUGCACAUUUCCCAGGAGGACAAGUUAUUGCUCUUUCAUCAAAUGGCACAAAUAAGGAAGUAAUUUGCCAUAUCAGCUUCAGAUCAUCUAGGCCAAUUUCAUUUUCAGGGACUAUAUUCUUUAUCGAUGAAGAAGAAAACAGGUUCUCAGUACAAGUUGCUGCAACAGCAGAGAAUUGUCUUCUUACUUUAUACCCAUAUUUGGCAUUUCACCACUCUGAUCAACAAAUUAUCUUGAGAAGCGACUGGAAAGACUGCAGUAGUGGAGAAGUCAUUCUGCAUUCGUGUUAUUCUCCACAAUCACUUUCCCAUAGUAUUUCCUCAAGUUCCUUUGGUGCAUCCACUGGGCUUUGCUUGAAUUGGUCGAUUACUGUUUUUGAAAGUGAGAGUGAUGAAAAUAAGAAUGAAGAGUGUGAAGCUGACAGACAAAGUGAUGGGAGUGAAAUUAAAUUUGAGUUAUCAUUUUUUCCUGAUGAAGGCAAAGAGGAGUUCAUGUUUUUCCAGAAAACUCUAACUGCUGUUAAGAAUUGGUUCACUCUCUUUGGUUGGUCAGCAGGACAAAAUCCUAUUUCAAUACCAUAUUCACUAAGACGUGAUGUGUCUAAAGUCUGGAUGAACUCUCCACAAGAAAAGGCCUUUAUACAAAACCUUGGCAAAGAUAGUAAGACUGUUUAUGACAUGUUGUUACAUCUGAGUGGACAGUUACCAGGCAUUAAAUCAAGCCAGUCAUUGCCCCUUGAUCCAGUUGAACGAAUGUCACAGCUGCACUGGGAGUGUUCUACAUUGCUUGCUUUCCUUAAAAGCCAAGGAGCAUAUCUUCCUCAUGUUAUGCCAGAAUUUCUGCUGGAACCUGAUGAUUAUAAACAAUGGAUUAAAGUGCAAACUGUGCUGAAAGUCCAAAAAUCUGAGUUGAAAAAAGGAGAUAUGAAACAUUCAGACCUAUUUAGCAACAAACAUCUACUCAUUCUGAAGGAUAGUACAUUUGAGACAAUGAGCAAACGAGCCUGGACAGAUGUGUUACUGCAAAUAUACAAGGUGUUUGUUCUUCCACGAGUUUUUUCACAUAAUAAGACUGAUCUCUUCAGCUUGGAAAGCACGCAGAAUGUCCCAAAAAUAAAAUCAGAAACUUUAUCCAGUAAUAUAUAUUCUUCAUAUGAACGAACCAUCCUCACCUGGUUGAAUAAACAUUAUGAGAAGAACCGAAAAACUGUGUGGAAAGAUUGUCAGAAAGGUGAAGUACCACCGAUGAGAUGGAUAGUAAAUUUUGACCGAGAUCUUCUAGAUGGCCUGGUGUUAGCAGCACAGCUGGCAUCUUAUUGUCCAUAUUUGAUUGCUACUCACUUUGUAAGGAUGUAUACUAAUCCAAGGACUUCUGCACAGCUUCUGCACAACUGUUUGAUACUUGUGAAUGCUAUGCAUGCUGUCAGUCUGGCUAUAGACAUAAAGGCGACUGACAUCUGUGAUCCAAACCCAGUCAUGAUGCUUAUGCUGUGUGUCUACCUAUAUGAAAAUCUCCCUCACUACUUACCCAUGAAGACUAUAGAAUUUACAGGUGCCCUCCAUGAAACUGUUGUUAAACAGGUGUGUCUGAAAAACCCAAGCAGUAAAACCUUGAAGUACAAUGCUAUGCUUGUAGGAAGAGAUGCUGAUGAUUUCUCAUUACCUAAAGGAAACACUGUCAGCAUUGCCCCUAACCUAUGUACAUGCAGUGAAAAGCCUAGAAGAAUAUCUAAGAUUUCUAGGGACAUAAGUUGCACUUAUAUUGUGAAUAAAUUUAAAAAUGAUGUAGUGAUUGCUCUGAAAAGAAAUCUGGAGCUCUUUCAUCACAUGAGCUUUAGAAAUUCCAUUGCAGAGGAUAUAUUAAAAUGCAAAUCUCCAUGUUAUGAGCUGAAGAAAGUUAUACUAAAUGUUACUAAUCCCUUCAGAAGAGGUGGCAUAUUCAGGGUCAUUUUGCUGGAGUCCACAAGUUACUUAGUGCAGCCACAGCAAGUAUAUCAAGCCAGGCAAGUAAAGCAAGAGCAAACCUUCAGUUCUGAAAAUAACAUAAUAAAUAUUAAAAAUGGGGUGCAGCCUGAAGAUACAAAUGAAGAGAACAACUUAAAUUGCUCUGACCGAUCCAGCCUCCUGCAUGAGUUCUUCAGUCCAGUGGAAAAACUGUUCUUGGAAGGGAACAGUUCUGCAGGCUUAGAUAUUCACUUCCUUCCCUUUAAUCUGGAAAAACGUUACUGCACUGUCAUUCUGGCUAAUGAGCAGAUUGGAGAAUUUGUAUACCUGAUAGAGGGAACAGGUGAUAUACCUUUGCCUACAGGAUUGCUUCCAAUGGAUAGUCCACAUGUUUUGUAUGUUAGCAGUACAUUAGAAGGUCCAAGAACAGUAGAGCCAGUUUUAUAUUUGACAUGUGCUCUUGGUCAGAGUCUUGAGGAAAAUCUGAGAGUUCCGUUGAUCAACGAGUCAAGAGAGAAGGCUCUGGCCAUUGCUGCACAACAGCAGAUGUCAACUGUUGAGUAUGAAAGAAGAAAGAUCACAGGGACUCUGCACAGCAGUAGUGUUCGAGUUGCAACUAUAUUGUUAGGACUGUCCAAAGUAGAGAGACAGGCACUCCUGAAACCUCGUAAAUUGCCCCCAGAAUUAAAGUAUGUGGAUUACACUGUAGAAGUGAGCAUGCAAGAAUACUUUCAGAUUCCUGAGAAGUUCUCCAUUCCAGUGUUGGCAUCAAGCAGAGUUAAUUUGGAAGUUCCAUCAGCAAAAGACAUUUGUUCUCAGAAAACAGAUACAAGUGAUGCAGUUGAGCUUCCUAUGAAAUUCAUUCCUCAGCAGGCUGGUUGCUACCAUUGUCAGAUUCUUCUGAAUUCCUCCUGUGAUGUCCGUCUCUAUAAGAUUGAGUGUGUAGUAAAUACAGACCACGUUGAAGCAGAGCUUGAAUUUGAAACUCCAGCUUACCAGGCAGUGAUUCAGGAUAUUCCAAUAAGUAACUUGACCAGUCAGGACUGGAAACUUGAAGCAAUUUUGGAAGGACAGGGCUUUUAUGGACCUUCUCUGCUAAAUGUGGGUCUAGGUGAAACAGCUCUGUAUCCUCUCAUGUUCAAGCCUAUUGCUGAGUGCAAAACAAUGGGAAGACUUAUUCUGCGAAAUGAUACAGCUGGCACUGAAAACAUAUUUAACCUUAAGGGAACGGGGAAGAAACCCCUGGCACAGGAUCAUAUUGUGAUUGAUUGCCAAGUGAGAAAGGUCACUCAAAAAAUUUUAUGGGUGCCCAAUCAUACCACGAAGAAGUUAAAGUACAAGGUAUUUUCAGAUCUUUCAAUGCUGGGUGGUGCACCUGUUAUUACUGUAGCACCAAAUCACACAGUCUCUUACCCAUUGAAUGUAUCUCCAUGGAGACGAGGAAUCUUUCAAGGUGUAAUUUCAUUUGUUGCUGAAGAUGAAGACCAACAGCAGUCUCAACAGAACUGCUCACCAGAGAAGACAGAUGGUGAACAGGCCCUUCAGAAAUUGCCAACAGAGACACCACAAACUGUUGAUGCAGCAAACAUGGGAGAGAGUUCUUCAAAAUGCAAAGUGUGGUUCUCCUUGAAGAUUAACAGCAUACCUGCAGCACCAGAAAGAAAGAUAGAUGUGAAAUGCAGAGCUCUGGAUAGUAUUGGAAUACACAUUCCCAUCAGUAAUCCUACAGAUGAGAUUCUCGAGCUGAGUGUGGUGCUCGAGAAUCAGUCACUUUGUGGACAAAAGUCCUUCACUCUUAGGCCCAAACAAAAAAAAUUUUAUCAAGCAAAGUUUUCCCCAGCUGUUGUUGGCACUUCAGAUGGAAGUAUCAUAUUCCUGUCAGAUGUGGUUGGAGAAUUUUGGUAUGCACUGGAGUUGAUUGUAGAUAAACCAUGGCCAACUCGUCUACCUGAAAUAGCAUGUGAGCUUGGAAAAUGGGCUCAUCUAUACAUACCUCUUUCUAAUCCUACAUGUGAAACUCUGGAGCUAGACAUUGUUAACAGCAAUCCUAGCAAUUUUUCAACUGAGACUGAUCCAGAACACCCUCUGAUUGUCGCUCCUUAUUCCACCACGGAAGUACCUGUGCAAUUCUGUCCAUCUGCCCUUGGAAGAGGCAAUCACAAGGCAGCAAUAACCUUCAAAUGCUCACAGCUUAAAGAGUGGAUAUUUUACCUUUCGGGGACUGGUCUUCCUCCUCAACUGAUGGAACCAACCAGCAUAAGUGCAUGUAUUGGGCACCAUUCUUUUGUCACCAUACCUUUCAGAAAUCCAACUGCUGAAAACGUGGUGGUAGAUGUCGUACUGACAGGUCAGGAGAAAUCCAGUCGUCCUCUCAGUGCAUCUGUCCUAUCCAAGUCCACUAGUAAGGAAUCUGCAUUCUGUCUUCUGCUUAAACAACCACGAGGAAUCCAAUUAGUGCCGAAACAAAAACUGGACAUCCCAGUAUUAUUCACCCCAGAGACAAUGAAAAUGUAUGAGGCUGUGGUGGUAAUUAAUAUAACGAGGGAAAAUGGUGAAAACUGGCCAUAUGAGGAUUCUGAUGUGAAAGACCUAAAGAGUGUUACUGUAGCAGAGAACGGGGGAAUUCAGGGAAUACUAUGGAUCUAUCCAGUUCAUGGAACACCUGAAGCACCACAGCAGAAAUUAGUUCCAGUGGUGGUACGAUGUCGAGCCAGGCAGCGAGUAGAAAGAAGAGUCGAAAUGCAGAUGAAUGGUGUAGUUCCUGGUGCAAAUGCUAUGUCUGCCACAGGAAAUCCUGCCGUGGUCAACAGAAAAAAGUCAGCCAACAUCCAAGAAGUAUUUCAAGUCACUGACGGUUUCUCUACAACAGUGGAAUUUCUGUAUGAAUUACAGUAUCAAUCAAAUGAAAUUAAAUCUCAGCUUGGAGCUUUGGUUGGUAUGCAUCUGAUUGAAAGCGAAUGGGAUACAGAAUCUGAAAUCAUAACACUUACCUUUAAUACAGUGUUUGCACCUAACAAACCAAUGAGGAAUGAAGCAACUCUUGUAGUACAGUGCACUACAGGAGGUGUUUGGAAGUUUCCAAUGCUGUUCAUCGCUACGGAGCCAGAAGUGGAUGAUGUCAUCAACAUUGAAGCAGUUGGCCUCAAUAAGGAAUCUAUAGUUAGCUUUAAGCUUACAAGCCAGACAAGGAACCCAGAGCCAUUCACUGCGCACUUCCUGGAGGGCAGCGAUCCUGAGUUCCUGGUGCUGCCCCAAGCAGGAGAGCUUCUUCCAGCCGGCUCUGUAGGAACCCAUAUAACGGUAGGGUUCAAGCCAAGGAUGUACAGCAAGAAGCACACAGCAACACUUGUAAUUCAGACACAAUCAAUGCAGUGGAUGUAUGAAAUCAAUGGGCUGCCUCCACAGACUGUACCACCUACAAGGCCAGCAAAAGUAGCUUCUACUAGCAGUUACAUAAGAUCAGCCACAGUUCAACAACGCAAUUUUUUACAUGAAAAUCUGAAACUUGCAACCACUGGAGUAUCCUCACCGAUUAAGGGGUCACCUUUGGUUCUGAGGACAAAACAGGAGAAGUUAUGAUCAGUUGUUUUUUUUUUUU